UUGACGACGUGUUUAUUUUGCUAUUUCUUUAAAGUGUCUAUAGUUGUGGCAGAUAAAACUUGUUUUGCACGAAAUAUUAAGGAUUAUUAUUAUUAAAAUAUAAAAUAUUCGAAAUGAGCGCUGAUUGGGAUGAAAUAAAACGUCUGGCUGCUGAUUUUCAGAAAGCCCAAUUAACAUCGACAUUGCAACGGCUUUCCGAACGUAAUUGCAUAGAAAUAGUUACUUUAUUGUUGGAAAAAAAUUUGUUACAAGCUUUUUUCACCAACGAUGGCAAAGAGUAUAUUACACCAGAUCAAUUGGAACGCGAAGUGCAGGACGAACUAUUUGUGAACGGGGGACGUAUUAAUCUAGUCGAAGUCAGCAAAACGCUUAAUGUUGAUUUAUCACGAAUAGAAGAAAUUGCUGGUCGGAUUGCUGAAAACGAUCCUGAGAUACAUUUUAUGUUGGGUCAGUUAAUCAAUGAGCAAUACAUCACACAUAUCGCAGAGGAAGCCAACGAACGCCUCGCACAGAAAGGCGAAAUAACUGUUUCGGACCUGACACAGCAAUUUGACUUGCCUUCGGAUUUUCUGCAGCAUGAUGUUAUGGAAAAACAUUUGGGCAAGAUCAUACGGGGUCGGCAAGAUGCAUCCAAUCCCCGUGUCUUUUUCACCCAAGCGUAUAUUCAACGUUGCAAAGCUAAAAUACGUGGCGCUCUCAAAGCUAUUACUCGUCCAACCAACGUAGCAACCAUUUUGCAACAAAUCAAUGUUCAAGAAAAAAUUUUUCAUUCUCUAUUUGAUGAGAUUGCACCUGCCGGUCAUGUGACAUCAAAACAAACAAAUGCACAAUAUAUUCCAAAUAUCUACACAAAAAUGCAAGCAGACUGGGUAAAUUCAUUUUAUAAGCAAAACGGUUUUCUGGAGUAUGAGAGUGUUGCUAAAUUGGGUGUUUCUGAUYCGAAACAGUUUAUACGGAAACAAUUACCCAAUGAGGACAUUAUUUACUUGAAACGUUGUGCAAUUGGCUCUAAAAUAAUCGAUCUCACUGUUCUAAGUUCAUUAAAUGAAUGUAGUGCUACUAAAAGUUACGUUGACUUGGCCACCAUAUUACCAUCUAACAUGUCAGAAGAAGAUAUAGGAGAGAUAUUUGAUACGAUAAUGGCAAGGAAAGGUGCCACGUCUAGCAAUUUUGUUUUCCUUCAAAGUAUCGUAUUCUCGCAGCAAUAUUUAAAUGAUCUUAUACAACCCUGUCACGAAAUAGCGCAUGCAAAUGCCAAAACUGCAGUUGACAGCGGGAUUUAUCAACAAUAUCUAGCUGAAAAACAGCUAUCAGGCAAAUCAGCGGCUACACAGGAGUAUGAGGAUGAUUCCAAAAUAGACAAGCGAGAGGAGCGACGCAAAAAGGCAGCCUCAGGAAAAGCUGGUGGAGGUAGUCAAGGCCGUGAAACUAAAACUAAAUCGACAAAAAAGCAUCAACGCGGUGGACGUGGAAAUGCAGGCGAUAGCGAUGAUGAGCAAGAAUUACGCAGUGGUGCAAGCAAAAAAGGUGCAAAGUCUUUCGAAUUGGUGAAGUUGGUUGAAAUUGUAAAUAUUAUUAACAAGCCUUUGGAGGAGGAGGGAUUGGAAUAUCUCGCAGACACUAUAGCAGCACUGCAUCAUAGUCAAUUAAAUCAAGUUGCAUUGGCGAAAGCGCAAGAAUUGUUUGAAGCAACACCACAAACAAAUCGCAGACAAACGCAUGCAGCAAUACAAGAACGCAUAAAUACACUGCUCGUUGAUCUGCGCUUAUAUGAGAAGGGUUUAAAGCUCCUACCAGCCGAUGUACAGCCGCAGAUUGUCAAAUAUUUGCUCAAAUCGCUUGGUAAUGACAUUUGUAAUGAAUUGACCACCUAUAUCGCCAGCGAAUGCAAUUUAAAUACGAAAAUAACUAAUUUCAAUGUGGAUCAGCGCAACAAAAUAGCACAAGAGUGUGAUCCAGAAUACAAGGCAGCCUUAUGGGAAAUCAACAAAGCACUAAAUAAAACAAUAGAUGACUUCGUUUUGGCUACUGAAGCCGUAUUAAAAACAUGUAGCAUGAUAAUUAAGAAGGUCGAUAAGAAAAAGGAUCGUCAACUUAUACUUCAACACAAAGAGAAAUUGCUGCAACAACUACACGAAACUGUAGAGCCUGCGUUGGUAUUGCACUUGGCUUCCUUAAUACUGUUCACAACAAUAACGGGUUGUAUUAUACACGCUUCCGGUAAAUUCGUCGCACAAUUACUUGCUUUCAUACGUCCCCAGUUAAGUAAUGAGCAAAAUGAUCAACUAAUGCAAUACCAUGAUCUUGUUUUGAAAUUGUUGCAAGCGAAGGAAGACAGCGACGAAGCGAAAAUCAUAAAAGAGCAAUUACAAAGUCUACAAAAUGCCAUUAAGGAGUUGGCGGCUUGCUAUGAGAAGCCGGGUACUUCCAAACCUGAAUGAUUAGUAGUAAUCUAAUUAAGUGUUCGGUAUUCGCAUUUUCUGUUUUUAUAUAAAGCAACAAUUUUAACUAAGGUUGCGAAUUUUUUAAUUAAAAACAUUUGGAUUAAAAUUAAAUUUUUUUUCAAUUCGGUGU